AAGAGAGUGCUUGUGGUGGAGGGAGUGGUGAAUGCAGGAUACAGAGUGAUUGAGCAGUGGGCAUUGUUGUUGAGGAAUGCGUGGCCUAAGGUUUCUAUGGUUCUUAAGAUUUUCAAAGAGCAAGUUGUGAUUCUGAUUGCACUUUUAGGUCUAUCUGCAUUCUUCUUAAUGGCAGAGACUUCUAUAACUACACUGUGGCCAUGGAAGGUUUGCUUUCUUUGUUUGAAGAUUGAUGGUUCUUAUAAUUAGUGAAUAGCAAUUGAAAUCUGAAUUUUAGUAUGGAAACAUCAAAAAGGUUAAAUAUAUGAAGUUGAAGAACAUUCACAGUUGUUGAUUGUUAAUGUUUCAGUAACUUUUAUGGUUUAGAUAAAUAUAUGAAGUUUGUGGUUGUUUUGCAAUGGCAUUUGCUGACUUAAAUAUUGGGUUUAGUGUCUGAAGAUGGUGUAUUUCAAACGCUUCACAGUGAUGUAACCUGAUUUUUGACCACCAAUCUUAUUGGCACUGCAUACUAGUCGUUCCCAUCAUCACUUAACUGAUCCAGUUCUGUGUCUCUAUGUUCACUUUGGUGUGUGAUUUAUUUUUAGAUUCUGUUUUUCUCACUAGGACAGUCAAUAUUGGAGCGACUGCUUUAGUUACAGAUGCAGCAACAACAAUAUUUGGAGAAGCUGGUGUUAGGGCAGCAAUUGGAGUAAUGACUCUAUGUAUAUAAAAAUUCUAUCCUCUCUAGGUGUCCCACAUACCCAACCUCCUUGCCUAGUUCUAUUUGUGCUUGUAUGUAACACAUUGUGAAUUUGUAGUAAAUUAGAGUAAAAUGCUUAAAUUGCUUUAGGAUAAUUCUCUUUUAAGUUAGCACCUGCGUUGUAGAGUUGACUGUUACAAAAACAAUGAAAGAAGAACAAAUAAGAAAUCAUGUUGGGUAACUCUAAUAGACUGCAGAAUAAUCGAAAGGUGGGUGGGCUGGUUGUUUAUCAUGUGUUUUUUUUCCCCCUACCUCUAUGAUAAUGGGAAGGUGGUAAUUGUAAGUGAGCUGGAUCUUUUGAGACCAUAGGGCCUUUGAAUCAAAGAAUUGGCAUUUU